GUGUAGACUAGUUAAAUAUGAACAGCACCGUUCUGUGACUCGUGAGGGACUGUCAGUGAAGAGCGUAUCUGUAGCGGCCAGAAAAGUGACAACAGCGAUGAAUCCGAACUUGAAGGUGCUUAGCGUCCUUCUUGUGAUCGCAUCGGCCCUUUUGCAAACUGCAACAUCGCGUACCUUGCAUCGCAAUGAACCUAUCUACAUGGUGACCAUGAGCUCCCAGGUGGUGGGAGGCAGGAUGGAGACUGUGUGUGCCCAGGUUCAUGGCCCCACAGAGCCCCUCUCCCUCAGGGUGAUCCUGCAGCUGGAGCAGGCCAACGCCACCCUGCUGGAGGAGACUGGGGUCUCCCAGGACUUCUACCGCUGCCUGUCCUUCCAGGUCCCCCCUGUGGUCCGUGAGACUGUGGCCACCCUCCAUGUCUCAGUGACUGGAGAGAAGGACUCCAUGAGCAAGAAGGCCAAGAUCCUCAUCAGACCCUCCACCUUCAUCACCCUCGUCCAGACAGACAAGCCCAUCUACAAACCUGGCCAGAAGGUUCAGUUUCGAAUCGUCUCGUUGGAUUCCAGUUUUGUGCCGCUCAAUCAGAUGUUUCAAACUGUGGAGCUUCAGGACCCCAACUCCAACCGCAUCGCUCAGUGGCUAAACCAAUCAACAGUGAGCGGCAUCCUGGACUUGUCCCACCCCACAACACCAGAGGCCACCCAGGGUGCCUACACCAUCACCGCCUGGACUGAGAAGGGCAAACAGAUUAAACAUUUCUUCGACAUCAAGGAAUAUGUCCUUCCUAAGUACGAGGUGAAGGUCCAGCUACCCAGCGUCAUCACCAUCCUGGACACAGAGGCCACUCUCAGGGUUUGUGGAAAGUACACGUAUGGAAAGCCUGUCCUGGGCUCUGUGAAGGCUGAGGUCUGCAGGAAGAAGGGAUACAAAUACCUCUGGAUAUUGGACGAGGAAAACGACUUAGACAUCUGCAGGAAAUAUGAAAUAAUUACGGACAAAAGCGGCUGUGCCACACAAGUGGUGGAUGUGACGCAGUUCAACCUGAACAUGUCUGGCUUCCGGGACAGCUUCCAUGUGCAGGCAGAGAUGGAGGAGUAUGGGACAGGGGUAGUCCUGAAGGGCAGCGGCAGCGUCAAAUUCUCCAGCGCGAUCAGAAAGGUCACAUUUGAGGACGCCCCUUCGGCCUACAAGCCAGGCAUCCCCUACCAGGGCAAGAUCAAGGUGGUGGGCCCAGACUCCUCCCCUGCAGCCAACGACCUGGUCUACCUGUUCCUGCAGACUGCCCCUGUGAAUAACUGGACCCUGACCACAGACAGCAAGGGCAUGGUCCCCUUCUCUCUGGACACCUCGCUAUGGAGUGAACAUGUAUCCCUACAGGCUCGCAGCAGGUUUAAAGAGGACAGGCAUCCGUAUGUUAGAGACCAACGCCUUCCAGAGUACGGCUCAGCCCACCACAGUCUCACGGCCUUCUACUCCAAGAGCAAGAGCUUUGUGAGGAUCCAGCAGGCCAGCCAGACCUUGUCCUGUGAGACAGACGCCACAGUGAGCGCCACCUACAUCAUCAGUGGGGAGGAGCUUAAGGAGGGCCAGAAAACUCUGGACUUCUUCUACAUGGUAAUGUCAAGAGGCAGCGUGGUGCAUCAUGGACGCAUACCUGUGACUGUGACGGAGCAGACAGUCAAUAGAGGGGAGUUGAGUGUUCCCCUUCAGAAGAUGGUAGACCUUGCACCCUUUGCCCAGGUGGUUGUGUACACAGUCAUGCCCAGCGGAGAGGCUGUGGCAGACAGCCAGGACUUCCCCAUACGGCUCUGCCUGAAGAACAAGGUUUCUCUGAGCUUCUCGUUGCCUCAGGAGCUCCCUGGGGAGAAGACGUCCCUGAGCCUGCAGGCUGCGCCUGGCUCUCUCUGCUCCAUCAGGGCCAUCGACCAGUCUGUCCUGCUGCUGGAGCCUGAAAAGGAGCUCAGUAUUAAAUCGGUGUACAAGCUGUUACCAGUCGAUAAGCUGACAGGCUACCAUUACUCCAUAAAUGACCAUGAAUCAUACCCCUGCCAGGAAAUGAUAGAAUUAAUGGAAGUAGAUGAAGAACCAGCUGAUGACCCAGCCAGCCGCAAGAAACGUUCCUUCUAUGAACCUAAGGAGGAGACGAAUGAUGUCUACAGCAUUUUUAAAGGUGUGGGAAUUAAGAUCCUCACCAACUCCGAUGUGAAAAGACCUUUUGACUGUCAUUCGCAUAUAAGCUAUAUGUUUGACGACAUGGAGUCUGAUGUCCGGUUAGCUACAGAAGGUGGUGGUAGAGGAAGAGCUGAAGAAUCGCAGGAGACCGUGAGAACCUACUUCCCUGAGACCUGGAUCUGGGAUCUGGUGCCUGUUGGAGACUCUGGCUCUGUGACGCUAGAGAAGACGGUUCCUGACACCAUCACUAAGUGGGCUGCUGGGGCCUUCUGUACGUCCUCUGUGGGUCUGGGUCUGGCCCCCGACACUGCCCUCACUGCCUUCCAGCCUUUCUUCCUCAGCCUCACCCUGCCCUACUCCGUCAUCCGUGGCGAGGUGUUCAUCCUCCGGGCCACCGUCUUCAACUACCUCUCCAAGUGCAUCAUGGUGAAAGUGACUCUGCCGGAAUCUGACCAGUUUAGCGCCAAGACCUGUGAUGGCUGCCAGUACCAGGUGUGUCUGUGUGCCGACGAGAGCAGAACAUUCCGAUGGAUCAUCACCCCCACUGUCCUCGGAGAGGUGAGUGUGAAGGUGAGUGCAGAGGCUUUGAAGACGGAGGAUCUUUGUGGCAAUGAGGUUGCCACGCUGCCUGAGAAGGGCCGCAUUGACACGGUGAUCCGACCCCUGUUGGUGGAGGCAGAGGGAACCCAGCAGACAUUGAGCCACAACGCUCUGCUCUGCCCUGCAGAGGGUCCAGUAGAGAGGGACAUCUCUCUGAAGCUGCCAGAAGUGUUUGUGGAAGGAUCACCCAAGGCCUCCAUCUCUGUCCUAGGUGACCUGAUGGGUCGAGCCAUGAAGAACCUGGACAGUCUUCUGGCCAUGCCCUAUGGAUGUGGCGAGCAGAACAUGGUUCUAUUUGCACCAAACAUCUACAUCCUGACGUACCUGCAGAGCACCAGGCAACUGACCCCUGAGGUCCAAGACAAGGCCACACACUUCCUGGAGAGUGGCUACCAAAGGGAGCUCAACUACAAGCAUGAUGAUGGCUCAUACAGCGCUUUCGGCAAGAGUGAUGAGUCUGGCAACACCUGGCUGACCUCCUUUGUGAUGAAGUCUUUCGGAGGAGCACGGCCCUUCAUAUUUGUUGACCCUGCCCACAUUGCCAAGGCAAAGUCCUGGUUGGCCGGUCUUCAGCAACCUGAUGGCUGCAUUGCUUCUGUUGGGAAACUCUUCCACAAUGGCAUGAAGGGAGGUGUGAGUGAUGACGUGUCCCUGACUGCCUACAUCACUGCUGCUCUGCUGGAGCUGGGACUCAACACCACUGACCCCAUGGUGGACCGUUGUCUGGCCUGCCUAAAGAUGGCAGUUGCUGCCUCACUGGAGAACCUGUACACCACAGCCCUGCUCUCCUACACCUUCUCACUGGCCGGGGACCAGGACACGCGCAGCAAACUCAUCACACACCUGCACCUGAAGGCCAAAACCACAGACCGCACUCGCCACUGGGAGAGAGCUGAGGCUUCUGGGAAGGGCCUGGACUCCAUUGAGGUGGAGAUGACGUCAUACGUGCUGCUGGCGCUGCUCUCUGGACCGCCCAUGGAGGGCUUUGGCCUGGACUACUCAUCCAGCAUCGUCCGCUGGUUGGCCCAGCAACAGAACCCUUAUGGAGGGUUCUCUUCCACACAGGAUACAGUUGUGGCGCUACAGGCCCUGGCCAGGUACGGUGCUGCCACCUACAGUCCGGAGGGUGUCAGUACAGUGGUGGUGACCUCAACUGGGGGCUCGAGGCAAGAGUUCCAGGUGGACCAGCACAACCGCCUGCUGUACCAGGAGUCUCCACUAGGGGAGGUGCCCGGGGACUACAAGAUCAGGGCUGAAGGGAAGAGCUGCGUCUUCCUCCAGAUGGCUCUGCGUUACAACAUCCCUCCUCCUCCGGACUUCUCAGCCUUCAACGUGACGACUGAGGUGUUUGGGUUGUGCAACAUCACCAAACCCUCUCUCAUUGUGACUGUGAAUGUCAGGUACAACGGUCGCCGGAAGGAGACCAACAUGGUCAUUAUCAACGUCAAGCUUCUCUCUGGCUUCAUCCUAGACAAGAGCUCCCUCAGACCUCUGCAAAAGUCCAGCACAGUAAAGCGUGUCGAUGAGGAGGACGGACAUGUUAUCAUCUAUGUUGACGGGCUCAAGCAGCAGGAAACCCAGCCUUACAUCCUGGUCAUCCAGGAGGACCUUCCAGUUAGGAACCUCAAACCUGCUGUGGUCAAAGUCUACGACUACUACCAGACAAGUGACGUGGCGGUUAGUGACUACAGCUCUCCGUGCGCUGAGGGUGAUGACAUCAAUGAGCUGUAGAAUACCUCGAGAAUAUUCUUCUUGCUGAUUGGAGCAGAGAUGAACCAUUUGCUUCCUUUGUAGAAUUAUUGAUUUCUGCCAAGCCCUACAUGUAUGUGAUGAUUAUUUUUAUUAUGCUUUUGCGUAGUUCCUGAAAACACCCCAACAAAUGGUGGAACUGCUGAGGCCUGCUGUAAAAGUGUCAGUGAAUCGGCUAAAGAGUUUUUAGUUUUUAACUAGCUACAAUUUUACCUUGUUUUUAGAUUUGAUAUAGUGUUUGUUUGUUUUUUACAAGUAAUGACCAGAUCCACCUAGUCAGAACAAAGUUCAUUUCACAGUUCAUAGUCAAUUUACACCAAUACCAUGUCAGUGUUGCUGAAGUUCCCCCUGGGGCCAACUAGUGACACUGUACUGGGAAUACAUGCUUUAUUACUGUGUUGAAGCAAGACAAGGAAACACAUCGGUUCUGCAACAUCCGUUUACUAGAUUUACGUACAAAUUCCAUACGUUGAAGUACCUUAUUAAACAGGAUACCAAUACUGUUAACAUAAGCUGGUCCAAGGAGUGCUUGACUGGGUGAGUGGCAGGCUGACAGGAGCCAGUCAGAUGUCAUACUGAUAUGUGUGAUAAUCUACUGACUAUGUGUGUGUGUUUGUAUUCUUCUCUGAGUGUGUGUUCAGCUGUAUGAACAAACACAGUGUAUUGAUAAAACACUUUAUCCACUGAUAUGUACUGUGACCAAUAAACUUCUUCAAUGACAGUCAAUGGUGAAAAAACAACAUUUUCAUACAGGCAUUCAUUUAUACAGUAUAAAAGUCAGUUUCUUUUCUAACAAGGAUCAUAUCAAUUAUCAUUAAUAGUGAUCUGAUUCCUCCAGACAAUUGUAGAAUAGUUUGGAUUAGCCCAGAAGGGGCAAGGGGCAGAAAAGGCAGGAAGGAGAAUAUAUAUUAAGGUCUUUUAUCACUUUUCUUUCUAGACUGACAUCUGCUAUCUCAGGUAUCAUUUAAGAUAAAUUACAUAAAGGACACAGAAGCUCCCUACCCCGGGGUCAUGAUGUGGACCCCUGCAUGCAGAGUCUCAUGAUCAGAGUCACUAGUUGUCCACCAAAAAAUAAACACACCAAACGCAUAUACGCCUCUUAAAAAAUACAAAAAUAACAUUAAAAAAGGUAAUGAUUGAUCACGGCCUGAUCAAUCCUUCACGAUGUGGCAAUCAUCGACAUUACAAUGACACCAGGUCAGUCCAGAUUCUUAAAGCUGUAGGGUCAAGUUUGGACUGGACCUUGUCUGUUCUAGGUGGAUCUGGUCAAAGGUUUUUGGGUGGGCAGUAGGGAUAUGAGCCUACUAAUGUCAAUAGACCAUUGAAACAUCCCCACACAUAAUUAGUGACGGAGCAGGGUAGUGUUGGCAUAUGGGUUGAUAGAAAUGUUUGACCCCACCCGUGUUCAAACCAAAUUUAUACAUGUCUGGUUCCCCUUUUUUUAUAUAACCCUCCAGUAUUGCGGCUACUACAACUAGGGCAAGGGAUAGACCCUGCUUUCCCUACAGACAGAUCAUUCAUGCAAGUCUGUCAAAACAUCACCAUUGUUUAACAUGUAUAAAAACACAGUAUUACAUUAGCUUCGAUGGUGGCUAGUUCAGCAGCAGGAUGUAGCUAGAUUGACAGUUUCAGACUAGGAUUAUGACUGGGGAGAUCAAGGCACAGAGUGUUGGGUGGUGUUUGCUCCUGUGUGCCUCUCGCUGUUGUAGGCUGGCAGUGGUGGAUGGCUGCUUCCUGUUGGGGGUCAAGUAAGCACGACUUGGCAAACAGACUGGGCCUACCUCUAUUUAGGUGUGUGUUUGUGUCAUGUGUUUUCGCACUUUAAGGGUAAUUGGUUGGCCACAUGACAAAAUAAGAUGGACACAGUGUAGUUUCAACAGUGGACUUGGAUUGUAA